GGCGAAGGAGGAGGAACCUGCCUCAGUCAGGGAUAUCGGGCGGGAGCGCAGUUGGCGCGAGCCCGCUCGCCUUCGCCACCCCCUGGCAGCGCCCCGCGGCGGUCUCGAGGGCGGCCCGCCUCUCUCGAGCGCUGCGGGGCGAGCAGCGGGCGGCGGCACUCGCCCGAGCCGAGCGCGCUGUUGGGGAAGAUUUUUUGUUGUCUUCUUUUUGCUCCUCCGGUGGAGGGGUGGCGCAGUGCUUGGGCGGGCCUGGCAGAGCCUACAGUGGAGACCCAUGCCAA